CGGUGGGGCUUUGUCGGGGGGGUGGGGGGAUUAUUACGGCGAGCUCGGCGGACUCGCUUUCCCAUGGUGCCUGAGGAGAGGGGAACGGAUGGCGGAGAAGGAUGACACCGGAGUUUGACGACGAAGUGGUGUUUGAGAAUUCACCCCUUUAUCAGUACUUACAGGAUCUGGGACAUACUGAUUUUGAAAUAUGCUCACCAUUGUUGCAGAAGUCAGAAGAAUGCGCAUCCAAAGAGGGACCAAAAGAUAUGGAUGUAAGUUUUAUUCAGGAGAAAGACAUCCUGUCAAACCUAGCUGAGAGAUUAAAAAGCUGGCUUCCUUUUUCCCUAUAUAAGAAAAGGCAUGAUAUACUUCAUCAAUUGGAUGUUGGUUUUCGUUCAGAGGCACUGUGCACCAUCCUGCAACAGGAAGUUCUGCUACAGGAGGAUGUCGAACUGAUUGAACUAUUUGAUCCUAGUAUCCUGUCUGCAGGACAGCUCAAACAGCAGGAACAUGGACAUCUUCCAACACUGUGCUCCCUAGCAACUCCUAAUAUAUGGGACAUUACAUUAUUAUUUCUCUUCAUCAGCACACUGGUGACAACUGCUUCUUUAUGGAGUGGAUUCCUUGGAUUAAUUUUGGGAGCACUUUUCUUGGUUUACCUAACUAUGCGAGGUUUGGAUAUAACACGGAGUGCAAAGUUGCAAAUGUCUCUUAAGCAAUGUCAUCUCCAACUAGAAGAUAUAGUGGUUAAUUGCCGCGCCUUCACUAACCUUGUGAGGAAAGCAUUGCGACUCAUUCAAGAAACUGAAGUAAUUUCCAGGGGAUUUACUCUUUUGCUUGACAGGGUUAGUGCUGCUUGCCUAUAUAAUAAAGGUGGACAACAUCCUUGUCAGCAUCUAAUUGGUCUUCGGAAAGCCGUGUAUCGAUCAGUAAGAGCCAACCUCAGAGCUUCAAGACUUGCUACCUUAUAUAUGCUUAAACAUUACCCACUGAAUUCUGAGAGUGACAAUGUCACAAACUACAUAUGUGUGGUGCCUUUUAAGGACCUUGGUUUGGGAUUAAAUGAAGAGCAAGUAUCUGAAGAAGAAGCAUACAACCUCACGGAUGGCUUCAGCUUGCCUGCACUAAAGGUUUUAUUUCAGCUUUGGGUUGGUCAAAGUUCAGAAUUCUUUAGGCGACUACUUCUUCUGUUAUCUCCCUCUAAUGCGUCUCUCAAGAGCCUGGUUACACCAGAACGUUUGCCUCUUUAUAUCUUUUCUGAUAUAAUUCAAGAUCUGCCACAUGUUCAUGCUGCUUGUUUAGAAGAACUUAAAAGGAGUUAUGAAUUUUACCGGUAUUUUGAAACACAUCAUCAAUCUUACUUGGAACGUCCAGUCAAAGCUAAACCAAAAUCAGGAUCACUAAGUCAUCUCCACACUGCUGUGCGUAGUUUGCAACUCCAUCUAAAAGCCUUACUGAAUGAAAUGAUAAUUCUUGAGGAUGAACUUGAGAAGGUUAUGAAUUCCAAGGAAAGCCCAGAAUUAACUUGGGAGGCCUACCAAAUUGCAGAUCAAAAAUUUAAAUUGAUUCGUCCUCACAUGCAUGCUAGCAAUAGUUGUUGGGAAGAGGCUAUUUCUCAGGUGGAAAAAAUGAUUCGAAGAAAUUCAGAUAAAAAAGAUAUACCAUUUUCAAAAGGUAAAUCUGAACCAUCUUAUGAAAACAAGCAUUGCACUACGCUCCCUUUAAAGCAGCCAACUGUGCAUAUAGAAGACAAAGACCCUGUUCCUGAAGAACAGGAACUUGAAGCAUAUGUUGAUGAUAUAGAUAUGGACGAGUGUAAGAGAGAUGAUUUUUAUUACUUUUCUCUGGAAGACAGACAGAGACAAAAACGUGAAAGAGAAGAAUCUAAGAGAGUGCUGCAGGAACUGAAAUCUGUGUUGGGAUUUAAAGCUUCAGAGGCAGAAAGACAAAAGUGGAAGCAACUGCUCUUUAGUGAUCAAGCUGCAAUGAACACUUUUACUUCAGAGAACAGUGUACCAAAUUUGGAAUUAAUUAAAAAUUCAGACAGAGACAAGCAGGAUUGUAGCAAAAAUGAAAAUCUAGAAGAAACCAUUUCUGACCACAAAAUGAAAGUUCCCAAAAAUGAAAAAGAAAAGAUGGAAUAUUUAUUUGAUGGCCUUGAAGUGAAUGAACAUGAUGAUGUUGCCAUUGCUGCCUCACCAGAAGUUGAAAAAAGAACAUGUUUCCAGUGCAACGGAGAAGAUGAGGAAUCUAAACAAAGUGCUGUAGAUGUAAGUAUGAUAGAAUCAUCUGAAAAUAAACAGUCUUCCAUCAAACAAAGGUUGACUGAACUUCAUAUAUCCACAGAUUUUAAUUUCACAUCAGGUCUAGCAGCACAGGUUGCUGCCAAAUCCCUCACAUUUAGAACCAUGAAAGAACAGAUGUUUGGAGAAGACGAGGAAACAAUGGAAACUCAAGAGGACAUUUUUGAAAAAACAGAAAAUACAUGACUGAAAAUGGCAUAUUGUAAAGCUCACUUUAAAUUUACUUUGCUGACUUGAAAGCAAGAUAAGGGGCAUAAGAAAAUCAGAAUUUAGCAAUGGAUGACAAGGGAUAUGUAUAUCUAUUGUUAAAGUCAUAUUAUUUAGUUGGCUUUUACUAGUCUUUUGAAAUGUAUACAAGUGCAAAUACAAGCCAGACUCAAGAUGUACAGUACAAUUCUUACUGCUGCCGGAGGGGACUGAGUGUUUCUAUUAAUAUUUUAUUUAUUUAUAUUAUGAAGGUUUUUUUCUAAUAGAAAAUUAUUCAUUGUUUCCUUAAUCGCAACAUUAAUUUAAAUAAAAAUACUUGAAAUCAUUAUUUAAUAAUUUCUCGUGGUUCUCAUACCAGCUUUAUUUCUUCUACUGAUUAUGCUUUCUAUCACUAGCUUUUGUUGAUCCAUUACUUCAUCAUGGUUCUAUACUAAGAGGUAUACUAUUGAAAUAAAAAAAAAUUACAUCCAUUAUUGAUGUAUGAUAGCAAAGGAUUAAAUCAUUUGCCUAUGUUCACUUCUGACUGGAGAAAACAAUUUGAAUGUAUCAUGUAUUUGCAACAUUUCUCUGUACCAAAUUUCCAGCCUAUUCCUUAUGAUAACCAUUCACUUCCCAAUUUCGUUGUAUUUAAGUAUAAUGACAAUAAAGAUUAUACAUACAUACAUACAUACAUACAUACAUACAUACAUACAUACAUAUUUGUACAUGAGAAAAAUUAAACAAAUUUUGAACCAGU